AUGUCCAGCGAGAGAGCCCGUUUUGCACACGAAGUUGCUCAGGUCGAGCAGUGGUGGAAGAACCCCCGCUUUGCACGAGUAAAACGUCCCUAUACUGCCGCGGAUGUCGUCGCUAAGAGGGGCACACUUGCCAUCCAAUAUCCUUCAAACGUGCAGGGCAAGAAGCUUUGGAAACUGCUCAGCGAACACGCCAAGCGCGGCACUCCAUCCCACACCUAUGGAGCGUUGGAUCCUGUCCAGGUAACCCAAAUGGCGAAGUAUCUCGAGACUGUCUAUGUCUCAGGUUGGCAGUCGUCAAGCACGGCUUCGAGCACAAACGAGCCGGGUCCUGAUCUUGCCGAUUAUCCAUCGAACACUGUCCCGAACAAAGUUGAACAUUUAUUCAUGGCUCAGCUGUUCCACGACCGAAAGCAAAGAGAGGCACGCUCUUCGCUGUCCGAGGCUGAGCUCGCCAAAACUCCCGUCGUUGACUAUCUUCGCCCCAUAGUCGCAGACGCCGAUACCGGUCAUGGUGGUCUCACUGCUGUAAUGAAAUUGACCAAGAUGUUCGUCGAAAAGGGUGCCGCCGGCAUUCACGUUGAGGAUCAAGCACCAGGAACCAAAAAGUGUGGCCACAUGGCGGGCAAGGUUUUGGUGCCUAUCCAGGAGCAUAUUAACCGUCUCGUUGCUAUUCGUCUGCAAUAUGACAUCAUGGGGGUUGAGAAUUUGGCCAUCGCCAGAACGGACUCCGAGGCGGCCACCCUCAUCACCUCGAACAUUGACGGCCGGGAUCAUGCUUUUAUUCUGGGAGCUACAAACCCGUCACAACCCCCUCUGAACGAUGUCAUGGUGGAGGCUGAGCUUGCUGGCAAAAGUGGCGACCAACUCCAAGCGAUCGAGGAUCAAUGGAUCUCCAGUGCUAACCUGGAGUUGUUCUCCACAACGUUGGCAAAGGCGCUUGGGAAGCAGGGUGCGACCAAGGCUGCCCUUGAUAAGUUGGUGGCGCGCGUUUCGCGGGUUUCCCACCCAGAAGCCGUUGCCAUUGCGCAGAAGGAAUUUGGCCUGCGAACCAUUCCAUACUGGAAUUGGGACAGCCCAAGGACUCGCGAGGGUUACUACAGGUACCAAGGUGGUACCCAGUGUGCUAUCCACCGCGCCAUUGCCUUCGCCCCGUACGCUGACCUUCUCUGGAUGGAAACGAAGAAGCCAAUCUUGUCGCAAGCUCAAGAAUUCGCUCAUGGUGUUCACGCGGCUCGCCCAGGUCAUUGGUUGGCGUACAACUUGAGUCCAUCCUUCAACUGGGAGGCUGCAGGUUUGAACGACAAAGAUAUGCAAGGCUAUGUCUGGGAGCUGGGCAAGCUUGGAUUCGUCUGGCAAUUCAUCACUCUUGGUGGUCUGCAUUCGAAUGCCUACAUCUCGGACCUCUUCGCCCAAAAUUUUGCGAAGACUGGCAUGAAGGCCUACGUUGAGCUCGUCCAGCGUAAAGAGCGCGAGUUGGGCACUGAUGUUCUUACUCAUCAAAAGUGGAGCGGCGCUGAUUAUGCCGACAAUUUGAUCAAGACAGUCACUGGAGGAGUUUCGUCAACAGCUGCCAUGGGUGCUGGUGUGACAGAAUCGCAGUUUGGCUCAAAGCUUUGAGGGAACAGUAUGAAUGUAUGGAUAAAAAAAUCGCAUAAG